CCAAGUCUGCGGACCCGAAAAGCUCUCCUCUGCUCUCCUGUCACUCCCCCACCACGACCGCGACCACCACCAGCAGCACUCCACCACCACUUUUAACCCUAACCCACUUUUGUUCUUGUUGUCUUAACCAUAGUUAACUUCUAAUUUGUCUCUUUUUCUCUAACCCAACGCCCUGCACUGUUUUGUCUCUUAGAUAAAGACCCGCUUUUUAUUUCUUCUCUCUGUCUCUGAGUAAUAACUCUUAUUUUUUCUUUUGAAAAUCCAUUCCCCAAAUAACGGCAUAUUCUCUUCUCCUUCUCUCUCACUAAAAUCCUAAGAGACAACCAUUGAAUUUGGUUUUCGCUUUCAUUUUUCAUUAACUUGUUUGAAAGGUGGAGAAAGAGAAAGAAAAGAAAAAUUUUGAAGAUUUUUGGAUUGUUUUGAAUUUGGAGAUUUUGAGGUUUGUUGUUGUUGUUGUUGUGCUUUUUUAUUUUGGAGAUUCUUGAGGAAUGGUGGUGAAGAUGAUGAGGUGGCGGCCUUGGCCGCUGUCUGGUCCUCGGAAGUACCAGGUGAGGCUGGUGGUCCGGAGGAUGGAGGGGUGGGAUCUGGUGCCGGAGGGUGGAGAGGACAAGGAAAAAAGGUUGGACAAAUUAACGGUGGAGAUUCGAUGGAAGGGUCCGAAAUUUGCGCUGAGUUCUUUGAGGCGUACGGUAAAGACGAAUUUCACCAAAGAAGUUGAGUUUUUUGGUGGGGACAACGGCGUUGUUGAGUGGGACGAGGAGUUUCAGAGUCUGUGUACUCUAUCGCCUCAGAAGGAGAAUGUGUUUCAUCCUUGGGAGAUCGCCUUUACAGUCUUCAAUGGCACCAACAGAGGUCCAAAGAACAAGGUUCCUGCUGUUGGAACUGCUUUGCUGAACCUUGCUGAAUAUGCUUCUACCGCUGAACAGAAAGAGUUGGAACUAAGCCUUCCUCUCUUGCUUCCUGCUGGUGCAGCUGAGCCUUGGCCCAUGCUUUGUGUAUCACUUGGCUUAUUGGAACUGAGAACUGUUCCAGAAGCCACAGAGCCAUUGCAAAGAGCUAUAGUUCCUGUUUCAUCACCACCUCAAUCAGGUGAAACUGUUUCAACUGAGAAGGAUGAGCUUUCUGCAAUUAAAGCUGGUCUGAGAAAGGUAAAGAUUUUUACGGAGUAUGUUUCCACCAGGAGAGCAAAAAAGGCUUGCCGUGAGGAAGAGGGAAGUGAAGGCAGGUGCUCAGCCAGAAGUGAGGAAGGCGACUAUAACUAUCCGUUUGACUCAGAUUCAAUUGAUGAUUUUGAGGAAGGAGAAUCAGAUGAGAUCAAGGAGGAUUCUACUGUUAGGAAGUCAUUCAGUUAUGGCACACUGGCUUAUGCAAACUGUGCUGGAGGAUCAUUUUACUCUGAUACGAGGAAACAUGAAGAUGAGGAUUGGGUGUACUACAGCAAUCGCAAAUCAGAUGUGGGCUGCUCGUACAUUGAUGAUUUAACUCAAACCUCUGAGCCAUCUCUAUUGCAAAGCUCGAAGCGUAGCAUACUGCCUUGGAGGAAGAGGAAGUUGAGCUUUAGGUCGCCCAAGGCCAGAGGAGAGCCAUUGUUGAAAAAGGCAUAUGGAGAAGAAGGUGGAGAUGAUAUUGAUUAUGAUCGACGGCAGCUUGGCUCUGAUGAUGCUGGUGCUUUUGGGUCUCAUAAAGCAGAUGAGGAUUCAACUGCAAAUCGAUCAUCAGUUUCUGAUUUUGGAGAUGACAAUUUUGCUGUAGGCAGUUGGGAGCACAAAAAUAUAAUUAGUCGUGAUGGGCACAUGAAGCUUCAAACAGAGGUCUUUUUUGCUUCAAUUGAUCAGCGAAGUGGGAGGGCAGCAGGCGAGAGUGCAUGUACAGCACUUGUUGCUGUCAUUGCUGAUUGGUUUCAGAAUAAUCAUGAUAUUAUGCCUAUCAAGUCCCAAUUCGAUAGUUUGAUUAGAGAAGGAUCACUGGAAUGGAGGAACCUAUGUGAGAAUGAGACCUACAGGGAGCAAUUCCCAGACAAGCACUUUGACCUUGAAACUGUCCUCCAAGCCAAAAUACGCUCUCUUUCUGUUGUUCCUGGCAAGUCCUUUAUUGGAUUUUUCCAUCCUGAUGUGACGUAUGAGGGAAGAUUUGACUUUUUGCAUGGUGCCAUGUCCUUUGAUAAUAUUUGGGAUGAGAUUAGUGGCACUGGAUCAGAACAUCCUAACAAUGAUGAACCUCAGGUGUAUAUUGUAAGCUGGAAUGAUCAUUUCUUCAUCCUCAAGGUUGAACCUGAAGCUUACUAUAUCAUUGACACAUUAGGAGAAAGGCUCUAUGAGGGGUGCGAUCAGGCAUACAUUUUGAAAUUUGACAGCAAUACAAUCAUUCGCAAAUUGCCUAAUGUUGCGCAGCUAUCAGAUGAGAAAACAAUGGGUGAUCAGCCUAUUGUGGCUGUUGCUGGGGAACCCAAUAACCAACAGGUGAACUCAAAGGAGGAGGCCUCUGUAUCAGGAGCAGUAGUAAUCAAGCCUGAGGAACCAAUGAAAAGCGAGGAGGAAGGGGAGGUGAUUUGCCAAGGAAAGGACUCUUGCAAGGAGUAUAUAAAGAGCUUUUUGGCUGCAAUUCCAAUACGGGAAUUGCAGGCAGAUAUUAAGAAAGGUUUAAUUUCUUCAGCACCUCUUCAUCACCGUUUGCAGAUUGAGUUCCACUACACCCAACACUUACAAGGAUUACCGGAAACUCAUGCAGCAGCAGCAGUAGCAGCAGUGAUGAUAGCACCAGCAGAAUCGGUUGAUGUUGCAGUAAUAGAGGUUACUGCAUAGACAGUUGCUGUAAAUUUUAGGAAGUGUGAUUAGCCUAACUUGUUUUAAUUUGUUAGCGGAUUUCAUAUGAUGUGAAUGGGAUUAACAAAGAGGAACCUGUAUCAGCUUUUUGAUAAGUUUGCAAGAGAAAGGGUUUUGUUUCUUCUAAGUUGGUCUUGAAAUGGAACUCUAUUUUUCUCA